UGAGAGUCACGCCUGCCAGUUGGCUGCUGGAAUCAUUUUCAGGCAACGAAUCGAACAUGAAGCGCGCUGCGGUACUCCUCCUUGUUGUAGCCCUGCUGGUGCAGGUGGCAGUGCCUCGGAUGCUGUGGCCCAACAACUGUCCAAAACCCGAUGGCAAAAUGGUUUGUGCCUUCAGCGGCUGCUACUUCAACACGGAAUUUUGCACCAUUAACACGUUCAACUUCCAUCGCAAGGAGCGGGGCCUGAGCGUCAUCAAAGUGAUCUCCGAGGGAGCGUGCAACAAUGAGACCCAAACCCCCUACUGCCUCACGGUCAUGUUCUAAAUCGAAUGGAAAACGAGUUCCAGUUUAUUCAUUUAUGAAGCGAUUACAAAUGUACUUUCAAUGCUAUGAUAUGAGCGCUGAAUAAAAGCUAAAACUUGA